GCAGAAGUCUCCAGCCCAGAGCCCUGGUAGGGACAAUGUCCCCCGCCAUCGCACUGGCCUUCCUGCCACUGGUGGUGACAUUGCUGGUGCGGUACCGUCACUACUUCCGACUGCUGGUGCGUAUGGUCUUGCUGCGAAGCCUCCGAGACUGCUUGUCAGGGCUGCAGAUUGAGGAGCGGGCCUUCAGCUAUGUGCUCACUCAUGCCCUGCCUGGAGACCCCAGUCAUAUCCUCACCACCCUGGACCACUGGAGCAGCCACUGCGAGUACCUGGGCCACAUGGGUCCUGCCAAAGGUCAAAUCCUGAUGCGGCUGGUGGAGGAGAAGACUCCUGCUUGCGUGCUGGAACUGGGCACCCACUGUGGGUACUCCACAUUGCUUAUUGCCCGUUCGCUGCCCCCUGGGGGCCGCCUUCUCACUGUGGAGUGGAACCCACGCACGGCAGCAGUGGCUGAAAAACUCAUCCGCCUGGCUGGCUUCGACGAGCACACGGUGGAGCUCAUCAUGAGUAGCUCAGAGGAGGUAAUCCCACGCCUACGAACCCAGUACCAACUGAGUCGGGCAGACUUGGUGCUCCUGGCACACCGGCCCCGACGUUACCUGCGAGACCUGCAGCUUUUGGAGGCCCAUGCCCUGCUGCCAGCUGGUGCCACUGUGUUGGCUGACCACGUGCUGUUCCCUGGUGCACCCCGCUUCCUGCAGUAUGUCAAGAGCUGUGGCCGCUACCGCUGCCGCCUCCACCACACUGGCCUCCCAGACUUCCCUGCCAUCAAGGACGGCAUAGCCCAGCUCACCUAUGCAGGGCCUGGCUGA